AUGCGAGCUAGUGCUGUACUCAUACCACUCAUCGCUCUCGUAGUCGGCGUGCUUUUCCGUUACUGGCCUCGCUCAUGCCUCUGCCACAUCAGCCAGCGAUUGGACGGCCGUGUGGCUCUGGUGACCGAUGGACCCUCCUUCAUGGGUUCCGAAAUCACUGCUGAAUUGGCGCGUCGAGGAGCUACUGUGUUGAUCGGUUGUCAGAGCAAGAAACAUUUCGAUACCGUCCAUGAUAAAGUUCUGCGCCUCUAUGGCAAGAACGGUGAACGUGUGAAUUUGGACUUUGUGGACGAGCGGAUUAAAAAUGACCUUACACCAAUUAAGGAGUCUCAGCUGAAAUACAUGCCAUUGCAUCUGAAUUCCCUGAAAUCUCUAGAAGGCUUUGCAAAUGAGGUCAUGAAUGUGACUGGUCGAUUGGACUUCCUGAUCAAUAACGCUGCCGUUAGCCACGGUCCCUACUUCACCACCAUGGACGAUUACGAGUCCACUAUGGCAGUCGGUCACUUGGCUCACUACCUGCUCACAGAGCACCUGCGACCGCUUCUUUUAAAGACAAAACCCGGUGCAAGAAUUAUCAUCAUUUCGUCGGCUGAACACACCACUGGCUCGUUCAAAGAACACGGUUUCUUUAUUAAUUAUGACGGAUUCAACUCAGUCAAAGCUUUUGCACAGGUCAAACUGGCCAACGUUGUACAUGGAGUCAUAUUGGCACAGAAAUUCAAAGGAACCUCUGUGGUUCCAGUUAGUGUGCACCCAGGAUACGUGCUUCCCGACUUCGGUGUAUUCAUGCCGGCCAUUUUUGGAGCAUUUUUCAAAACUCCUUGGGAGGCCGGUCAGUCUGUCCUCUACCUGGCAUUGGCACCCAAACUUAAACCGGGAGGUUACUACUCAAACUGCCAGUUGGUCGAGCCAGCAGCUGAGGCAAAAGAUAGAGAGAUCAUUAAGUUCGUCAGGACAGAAAGUGAUCGUCUUAUUAAACUGAAAGUUUAG